UUUAGACGUAUACAAGAGCAUCUCCGGUGGGUCUUGUGCAUCUCACGCGUCGUCCUGAUCUUGACUUGAUUUCGUCUCUAGACACCGUCUCCGAGGACGAGAUCACCGACAUCCUGUGUGAUUUCACUGAUACGAUGAAUCUUCCAGAUGACGAUCCGCACAAAGCGGAGAAGCUCCACUUAACAGGCCUACUGUUCCACGUCCGGUACAGGCUCCAUGCGGAUGCCAUGGACAUCUUGGAGGCUGCCACUGCUCAAGAGACUGCAGUAAAGCUCUUGGCAGAUGAUCAUCCUGACAAACCUAAUUGGCUGGUGACUCUUGCAAAGUCUCUUCAUGCCUUGUUCCAGAGGAAAGGCUCUGAGGACUAUAUGCUGGAUGGACUCGCUGCACUCAGAGAGGCUAUUGAGUUAACACCUACAGAGGACCCUGCCAAACUGGACAGGCUUGCUUUGCUAGCCUUGACUCUGUAUAUCCAUUACUCAUGCUUCUCUGAGCUUGCAAACCUUCAUGAGGGCUUAGAGAUCAUGGAUGAGCUCACUAUGGGCAAUCCAGAUCAUUCAAAGCUUCCUGAAUGGCUCAGUACAGAGGCUGGCAUGCAUCUGUCAUUGUUUCAUCAUCUAGGCAAUAUGGAUGACUUGGACAACUCUAUUGGAUGCUACGAGAUUGCACUGCUGAACCUACCUGAGGAUCAUCCAGAAAGGUCUAGACAUCUGUCCAAUGCAGGUUCUGCACUAUUGGCUAGAUUUGAGAGGCUAAAGAAAGAGCCAGAUAUCAAAAGAUCAAUUGCUUUGCAUGAGCAAGCUGUCAAAUUGACUGAGGAACCUGAUGUCAAGGCAGCCAGGCUCAUAUCUUUGGCUCAGGCCUUAUUCACCUACUAUGGCUUAGCAAACAAUGCCAGUGGUAUUGAUCAAGGGGUAGCUGCUGCUAGAACUGCAGUGGAGAUUGUAGAUAGCAAGCAUCCAAGCAGGCCUCAUAUGCUCAUUGUAUUGGCUAAACUAUUGAGGCACAAAUUUACAGUGUCCAAUGAUGCCAAGUUUGUAGAUGAGGCUAUCACAAUACUCAAGCAGGAGACACAUAUGACUCCCACAGAUCAUCCUGAUUUCAGACUGGCUACUGUUGAGCUAGGCCAUGCUCUGAUAGCUAGAUUCAACCAUCAGCAUGCUGUUGCAGACAUUGACAGAGCUGUGGAGGAAUUGAAAACCAGCCUGCAUAUCACUGGCAAAGAUGAACCUCAGAGACCUGCUCUACUCAAUGAUCUAGGAGAUGCUCUACUUACCAAAUUCAGUGUCUCCCAACAAAUUGAUGAUGUUAGAUCUGCAGUAGACUAUUAUAGUCAAGCAGUAACAUCAGAGUUUGGUGUGCCUGCCAUAAGGCUGUACUCAGCAAUGCAAUGGGCUGCUACUCUGCAGAGAUAUCAAUUGUCAUCUCCCUUGAGUGCAUAUCAGCAUGCAGUUGAGUUGUUGUCUCAAGUUGCAUGGCUUGGCCUGCCCAUGACAGAUAGAUAUACUCAGAUCAUGCCAUAUAAUGAUUUGGUAUGCAAUGCAGCUACAGCUGCGAUUAGAGAAGGGAAACUUGAGAUGGCAUUGGAAUGGCUGGAGCAGGGAAGGUCAAUCGUUUGGGGUCAGAUUCUACAAUUGAGAACAGCAGUUAGUGAACUGAGCAUAAAGGAGCCUGAUCUAGCACAACAGUUUAUGGACACAUCCAAGGAGCUAGAGGCUCUCAGCAACCCUCACUUUGAUAUGCCUCAGGAACAUUCACUCUCUGUUGAGGUCACUGAACAGAGGCACAGAAGCUUAGCCAAGAAGUGGGCAAGCCUUGUGAAACAUAUACAGUCAAUAGAUGGCUUUGCAAGUUUUCUGAAGCCCAAGGCUGCUUCUCAGCUCAUGCAAGCAGCAGUUCAUGGUCCUUGUGUUAUCAUCAACAUCAGCCAGCUUGGCUCUGAUGCUCUGAUCAUUAUGCCCCACUCAAAUGAGUUGCAGCUUGUACUUCUGCCUCAGUUCCCCAUUGAGAAUGCUAGCAAGCUGCAGAACCAGUUGAAUGGUCAUCUCAUGGCUCUUGGCAUCAAUAUCAGGAAGCAGAGGGCUGCUAAGCAGGUCAAACACUUAUUGAUGGAAAACAUUGGGUUCCCUAAGAUCCUCUCAGCCCUCUGGACUUCUGUAGUUCUUCCUAUCAUACAGAAGAUGGCAUUGAAGGGAACUUCAGACACACUUCCACAUGUCUUCUGGUGCCUCACAGGUCCAUUGACAUUCUUGCCAUUGCAUGCAGCUGGACAAUAUGAGACUGAGCAGUCUGGUACAAAGCUGGCUGACUAUGCCAUCUCUUCCUAUACCCCAACAUUGACAGCAUUGUUGGAUAGGACAAACAGGAAAGCUGUUGUCUCACCCAAACUUCUGGGUAUUUGUCAGUCAUUCACACCAGGCCAGCCACCUCUCUAUGCUGCUCAAGAUGAAGUCAAUGCAAUUGUCCACCUUGUCAGUCAAUAUGAUCCUCAGGCAAUGGUGGUCUUGAAAGACAGUGCUGCUACUGUAGAGCAAACACUGAAGAACAUAGAGGAAUCUGAUUGGAUACACUUGGCUUGUCAUGGUGUUCAAGACAUGACCGAGCCAACCUCUAGUGCCAUUAUCCUCUGGGAUGGCAGUCUGUCAUUGGCUGAUGUGAUCAAGCUGUCCCUUCAGGAUGCAGAGCUUGCAUUCCUCUCAGCCUGUGAGACAGCUACUGGUGACAACAAGCUAUCAGAGGAGGCUGUUCAUCUGGCUGCAGGCAUGCUUCUGGCUGGGUACAAGGGAGUCAUUGCAACCAUGUGGUCAAUCCAAGAUGAGGAUGGGCCGGUUGUAGCUGAGAAGGUGUAUGCUGUGCUUCUGAAAGGCGGGAUCCCAAAUGCUAUGAAAGCAGCACAGGCCCUACACGAUGCUGUUCUGGAGCUUCAGAAGAGUGGUGCGUCAUUUGAGAGAUGGGUACCUUUCAUCCAUAUGGGGGUUUGAUUACUAUAAGAGUGACUUG